GUGCACCUUGCGUUGUCUGCAUAAUCCUCGUCUGUUGGGGAGAGCCAAUAAGCAGACAAGCCGGUCACGGCAGUCUUAGCGAAAUCCCCUGUCAAAUUAUCCUGCACCGCCACCAUGGCCCAGAAUCACGUGCCCUCUGAUCACCUCUCCAUGCCGACCCAGAAUAUAUACACCGACCCUAGCUAUGACAACCUGUUUGGCAACGUUGACCAGUAUGGCACCCCCCCAUGGAGCCAAAGUCAACUCAACCCCCACAACCCCGGCUUCGUGCAGUCAGGUCACCAAACAUCCAAUUCACCGUCCUGGCCUCACACAUUCUCACAACAGUCUUACAACGCCAUUGGCCACGGAUACCCCAACGCUUCUCCCUCUCCCUACCAAUACGGACAGUUCGGAAAUCAUGCCGCAGUGGGCAGCUAUGCACAUUCGCCCGUCGUCGACCCAGCCUUGGUCGACCCUAUGGCUAUGCGACGGCAUUCCCCCUAUCAGAUACCCUCUCGUAAUGCCACCCCACAAGGCCAACCUAGUACUGUAGCUCCUCAAGCUCUACAGCAGAAUGUAGCUCCAGUUUCUAAUGCGGCCAAAACCGUGUCAUCCUUUCAGGUGCCCAAAAGCACAACAGAGAUGUUCUCUCAACGUGCGGCGUCGACGCCGUUGGCUAUGCAGCAGCAGCAACAGCAGUUGGUGAACAAUAUAAAGUUCGAGGUACCAAAGGGGGUGACGGCUGGUGGAUUCGUUCUCAUUAACUCUUCUGCCCUGGCAAAAGCCACUAAUUCUACUCCACUGAAUAAAUUCGUGACAAUUGGCGCACAACAAGUGAAUACCGCCCUUAAUCGAUCCGCACUGCCACAGUACAACGCCCGCUCCUCGGUGCGUGAUCUGAAGAAAAUUGGUGACAAGAAAGUCCUGGCCAAACUCUCCAAGAAAUCGGUGUCCACGAAAUCAUUCCGCCUAAAUGCAGCCCCAGGGAGCAGAACCAGUGCUGGUAGCCCGUCCACCCUCAAGCGGGAGGAGGUAUCUGAUAGCGAUAGUGUUUCAGAUUCAGAUGAUGAUAGUAGCGAUUACUCCAGCGAUGACGAUGAAGAAGAGACCUCUCCUUUGCCUGCCGCACGGCCUGAUGGACCUGCUGAAGCUGUCCGCUAUGACGUAAUCAAAGCCAUAUGGCUCCCGCGAAAGUCGAAACCAAGCUCCGAAAAGAUCAAAGCCGGUCUUCACCAGUUCUGGGAGGUCCUCGCAACCAUCCAAAAACGGUGGAGAGUGGAUAGCAAGGCUGUCUCGGAGGCGGAGGAGCAAAAGAAAACGAAGGAACUUCCCGUCCUCAAAAGCCGUGUCACCAGUCAAAGGGAUUUGCUUGAGGCUGCCCUGCAGACUGCUCUCUCCCAUGGCCACCCUGAUAUUCUCUACAAUCUUGGCCAGGUCAAGGCCUUCCUCUACCUGUGCUACCAGUUUCUAGCCAACCGAUUCAAAGCGCAAGAUUACAACGGAUCUCUCUCUUCACGCAUCUAUGAAGUCCUAUCUCGCUGCAAAGGCACCUUAACUAACGAGCUCCUGGAGGAGACUAAGGUCAUCAAGGCACUCAAUUCCAUGAAGAAGGGAGCGAGCGACCACAAUAAAGAACUCAUUCAGCAAACUAUCGAUGGUGCUGCCGCUGGGUCUAAGAAGCCGAAGGUGAGCUCACCGCCUCAGGAGGAGCCCAUGGACACUAGAGGUGGCAAGCGCGCAUCAGCUGAACCUUCCACUAUAAAGAAGCCCAAUCCUGCCGCUCCUACUACAGGCCAAGCAAAAAAGCCGACACCAGCGACGACGGAAACCAAAAUUGCUACCGCCUCUAUCGGCGCCCAGAAACGUCCUGGUGAGAGACCUACCGUAGCACCUAUGAAGGUUCGAGGCAACCAAGUGGUCAACAAGCCUUCAACAUUCUUCUCGACGCUCAACGCUGCGAGCAAGAAAACUUCUCCCACCGCUACUCCCGCAUCUACCACAAAGUCGACCCCCCAGCAGAAGACUGCUAAUGUCGUAGCUAAAAAGCCAGCACCCGCUGCAGUAGCCAAACCUGCAUUUUCCUUCGCAGAGACAAUGGCCAGCCUUCUUAAGCAGAAGGAAGAACCCGCAGCGCCUCCGAAACCGGAGAAACAGCUCCCACCCGAGACUGCAGAGGAGAAAGCCAAACGUUUGCGAAGAGAGUCUAGGAGGCAUCUGCGCGUUAGUUUCCGCCCGGAUUCUACUUUAGUCGACAUUCGAUACUUCCAUCAUGAUCCGGAGGAGGAAAUUGGUCAUGAUGAGAGUCUUGUUCGCGAUGCGGGCGACAUCGGGGGCGAAGGCCGCAUGUUCAAACAGCACAAGGAUAUGGACUAUGAGGAGGAUGACGACGAGCCUGAACAGAGCUAUCGCCCAUGGAUCGAUCCUACGUACGUAGAUUUUAGCCGCAUUGAUUCUGAGGAGCGACAACGGAACUUUGAGCCAUAUGGCGGUGGCACGAAUAAGCCCAUGUCUCCAGAGAAAGAGGCCAAUCAGCUUCGUGAGAACUCAACAUUGAUGGUCUUCUAUUCCCAUCCGUCUGAUAUUCCGACAUCCCCUCGAGAACCGCUUGAGCAGGCUGAACAACAGCCAAUUAAUGUGACUGAAUUCGGGGCUCCGCCUGACUGGGUUGUAAAUCGUUCCCCGAAUCCACCCGCACCUGCGCCUGCCCAGGCAGCGGACUUCAGCUCUUUAGAAGCCAUCUUCCGGCAACACGCUAUACCACAAAGCACACCUCAGGCUACAGCAGGCCAGCCCGCUUAUGCACCACCUCAGCAAACGGGAACCCCGGUACCCGACCUCUCAGCCAUUCUUGGAGCUUUGAGUGCAUUGCCUCAGCAGCAAGCUCCGGCCCAACCCCCAGUUCCACAACAACCAGCGGCGGCUCAACAAGCUGGGUUUGACUUGGCGGCUAUUCUUGCGCAAAUGACUGCUCCUAGUGGCGGGGCCUCCUUCCCACCUCCUCUCACGGCCUGGCCAUUUCCACAACCCUUCCAACAACCCCAACCGCAACAGCAGCAGCAGCAGCAGCAGCAGCAGCAAAACAACUCAAGCUACCAACAGACGCAGCAACCACAGCGGAACCAGCAAGCUAAUGGAGGAACGAAACGUUGGCGUACUGAGGACGACACUCACGAACGAGGACACUCUUCCUUUAAAAAGCAAAAGGGCCACAAGAAUCAUCGUUUCAAUGAGCGAUUUCAGGGGGAUGUGCCGCACAAAGUCAUACCAUGCCGAUUCUUCCAACAAGGCAAGUGCGCCAAAGGCGAUGAAUGCACUUUCAUUCAUGAUCGAAGCCUUAAAUGAAGACAUCCUGAAAUUUUUGAACGUAGCUCAACUCUUUCUUGAAUGCAACUGGAUACGUGUAGGCAAACGCAACGUCGUGCCGUCUACAGCAUCCAGCUAGUGCAUAUCCCGAACUGAAGAGCAGCUGGCCCUGGAAAGGCAUGGCAAAGCUCUCAGU